GUCACGUGACGGCCGCCUCAGUCGCGGCGAGGAAGGCGCAAUGGCGGCGGCUGCGGCGGCGGCGGUUUCUCCUCCGGCUCCCGGCGCGGGCGGCGGCGCCGCUCGAGUAUCGGCGGGGCGGGAACUCGGUUGCGCGGCGGAAGUCGGAGCGGCUUUGGGUUCCGCCGCUCGGCACGGCUUCGAUUUCCUCUGCCUCCCCCUCUUCCACCCGCGGGCCCGAAGGGAACGGCUCCGCACCCCCGCGGCGCAGCGCGCCGGGCCCGCCACCCGCGCCGACCUCCUCCUCUGCGGCCGCGACUGGAACACGCUGGUGGUGGGGAAGGUUUCGCCCUGGAUCCGCGCGGAUUCGCCGCUGGAGCACGAGCGCCGCAACUCCGAGUGUGUGGGUUGCGGGGUCCCCCUGGUGGCCCCCGAGGACGCGCGGGAGGAUGUGGUGGAGAACGAGGAGGCGCCCCAGGUAGGCUCCCGAGGAGAAGACCUGGCUUGGCACUGGGAGUGGCACAACUUCCGCACUCUCUGCGACUACAACAACGCUGUGGGCGUGGCGCUGGAGGUAGGCCCGGACCUGCCGUCGGCGGCGGCGGUGGCGCGCUGGCUGGGGGAGCCGGUGAAGGCCGCCAUCCUCCCCACCAGCCUCUUCCUCACCAACAAGAAGGGCUUCCCCGUCCUCUCCCGACCCCACCAGCGCCUGCUGGGGCGGCUGCUCAAGCUGGACGUUCAGGUGGUGCUGUGGGGCGCCCCCCGGCACGGGGCGAAGCCGCUCAGCGGUACCUGCAGUACCUGGAGCACCCUGGGGCAGCACCGCCCCCCGCCCUCCGCCUACGAGCUCUUCGCUCGCGGAUACGAGGACUACCUACAGUCCCCCCUCCAGCCCUUAAUGGACAAUUUGGAGUCUCAAACCUACGAAGUGUUUGAGAAGGACCCGGUGAAAUACAGCCAAUACCAGCAGGCCAUCUACCAGUGUCUGCUGGACCGCGUGCCCGAAGACGAGAAGGAGAGCAACGUCCAGGUGGUGCUGGUGCUGGGGGCGGGCCGGGGGCCGCUGGUGAACGCCACGCUGCGAGCGGCCCGGCAGGCCAACCGCCACGUGCGGCUCUACGCCGUCGAGAAGAACCCCAACGCCGUCGUCACGCUGGAGAGUUGGCAGUACGAGGAGUGGGGGGCGCAGGUGCGGGUGGUGGCGCAGGACAUGCGGGAGUGGCGCGCUCCGGAGCCGGCCGACGUCCUGGUGUCGGAGCUGCUGGGAUCCUUCGGAGACAACGAGCUGUGCCCCGAGUGCCUGGCCGGCGCCCAGCCCUGCCUCAAGGCGGACGGCGUGAGCAUCCCCUGCUCGUACACCUCCUUCCUGGCGCCCAUCUCCUCCUCGAAGCUCUACAACGAAGUGCGCGGCUGCCGCGAGCGCGACCGCCACCCCGAGGCGCAGUUCGAGACCCCCUACGUGGUGCGGCUCCACAAUUUCCACCAAUUGGCGCCGCCUCAGCCGUGCUUCACCUUCCGGCACCCCCGGCCCGAUCUGUCGGAGGACAACAGCCGUUACCAAGUGCUCUCCUUCCUGGUGGACGUCACCACCGUUCUCCACGGCUUCGCCGGAUACUUCGAGACCCGACUCUACGGGGACAUCACCCUCAGUAUCCGCCCGGAGACGCACUCGCCCGGAAUGUUCUCCUGGUUCCCCAUCUUCUUCCCCAUCAAGCAGCCGAUGCCCGUCCGCGCCGGCGAGGCCGUCUCGGUGGCCUUCUGGCGCUGCGCCACCCCCAAGAAGGUGUGGUACGAGUGGGCCGUCACCUCCCCGUCCUGCUCGGCGCUGCACAACCCCACCGGACGCUCCUACACCAUCGGCCUCUGAGGCCCCAAUAAACGCCCGCGCACCGCCACUCCGCCUCCUCCUUGCCACGCC